AUGGGCAGAACGAAUGGUUUAUCGAUAAGAAAAUCGGUUGAUGUGAGUUUAUACAUAAAUAUUAUGUUGCUUUGAAAAAUAAUUUAUCUUUAUAUUAUUUUGAAGAAAAAACGAGAUGCCUCACGAGACGGCAAGACUAUUUUAAAUUUUGUGUGCAAUCUUGUAACAAAAUACUGUGCAAUAAAAAUAUUUUCAGAGGAAUAUUUCAAUCAAAAUAAAAUAUUAUCUUUUCAGAAUUCAAACAGCCCGUCUACUUCAUCAAGUUCAGUGUUUUCUUUAGACAAAGUUAAAUAUGAUCCUGAUUUCACACCCUAUUGGGAUGAGCCUCUCGAAAAAUAUUGUAGAAUCAAUGAAAAUAAUCGAGGAAUUGUUUAUAAUCCACGUGUCAAACACUAUGUUCUUGAAGAAUUGCCAUUUCACGAAAUGGAUUGUGAUGUAGGCUUUAUUUAUAGCUUGUUUUAAUUAAUCAGCCACGUGUUUCAGGAAGAAAACCGCAAGGUUUUGAAUAUGAUGAACGAUUCAUUGAGAUCGAAUGCUGCAACAAAAAAGAAUGAUUAUCAACCGGAAGCUAUAUUGAAAACUGAUGUUUUUAUCAAAACAAAAAACAGCGAACUCAGUAUCAAUGGAAUUUGCUCAAUUUGCAAAGAAGAAUUCACUACAAUUAGCUCACUUCUUGAUCACCGAGAAAGAAUGCAUUCAAAAGAAGAUAUGUUAACUUGUGGAUUCUGUAAUGCAAGUUACACCAAGAAAACUCAUAUUAGUCAACAUCUUAGUGAAGAAUAUGAUCUUUAUCAUUGUGAAAAGUGUUCAAAAUCAUUCCGUAAUUCGUAUAAUCUCGAAUAUCAUCGAUGUGGAAAUGAACCACCAAAAGUUAAACCUUUUCGAUUGAAAGUAAAAAAUGUUUCGAAAAAACAAAUUUUUUGUGAAAAAUGUGGAAGAGUAUUUUCAUAUCUCAAAAUCUUGGAAAAACACAAAACAAGAUGUUCUCAAAAAGAAGAGCGAGCCAAAAUAGUGAAUGAACUUGAAAAUAUGGAAAAGGAACAAAUUAUAACAAAAUAUAUUGUUGAAAAUGAGGAAUUGACUGAUCAUGAUUAUAUUUCGCAUCCAAGUUUCGAAGACUCUAAUGAGAUUGCUCACUCAACAAAUUUGUUAGAAGACUAUUCAAGUAUGCAUUAUUCACCCAAGGAAAUCGAAGAAUCUGUAAGUUUUUCGGUAUAAACUGAGAAUAGCCUCCCACCCAACACAUUACAGCCCCCACUGGGCAAAUUCAUUUUGAUCCACCUUCUUGUGAGAUUGGAAGAAUAGAAACACAUUUUUAAUAUUUGAAUGUGACAUCUUCAAAUCAUCAAUUCUAAAGAAAAAAUUCUAAAAUGAUUUAAAAAUUCCACACAAAACGAGUCCUAAGUUUUAAUGUCCUGUUUAUCGCUCACAAUAUCAGAAUCAGUUUAUCUUUCUUUCAUAAUCAGGAAUUCGUAGUGACUACGAAAUGACGAUUUACCAUUUUUAUCCAUGAAAUUGAGCUAAAUUUGAAAAUCGUCAAUUCGGAGUAACUACGAAAUGACGAUUUAUCAUUUUUAUCCAUAAACUCACUUCUGGAAUUUUGAUGAUCAAUAGAAUAGACCCCUCUUAUACCCUUAUAAUGGGGGGGGGCUAAAAAUGCGUUUUUACCAGUUUUCAUCUAUUCAAUGAGAGAUUUAUUCAAAAAUAAUUUCAGGUUAUUUCCAAAUGUCAAUUCUGCAAUUUUUUGUUUCCAAAUGAAACAAAGAAAAUAUUACAUAUGACAGUUUGCAAAUCAAGAAAGACUGUAUCUCCAUAUAAAUAUCCAAUCUACAAAGCCGCUCCUAUGAACGAAAAACGGAAGACUUUUCCGAAUAUUGAAUAUCAAUUUAUUCCAUUGGAACAACCUCCUCCUCAAAAUCGUACAAGAAAAUUGAUUGAAAAGGUAAGUCGAUUCAAAUAUGUAAAAAUAUUAAAAUCUAAAAAUUUAGAUGAAAGGAUUUCAAAAAUCAUUUUAA